AUGGCUUCCGAUGGCUCCCCUAGCUGCUGCUCUUCUGAGCCCUGUGCAGGGACUUCCGGCUGCGCAACUGCCUCAUUCUGCCCCACUAACACAACUUGCCUCCCCAACACCUGUUCCACAUCCAGAUGUCAAACCCCGAGCUUCCUCUGCAGGGCUUCCCUCCCAGCCUGUUGCCUCUCACCAUGCUACUUGGCUGGUGGCUGUAACAGUCCUUGCCUGGUGGGGAGCUGUGCAUGGUGUGAGGAAGGAUCGUUCAACAGUAAUGAGAAGGAGACCAUGCAGUUCCUGAAUGACCGCCUGGCCAGCUAUCUGGAGAGGGUGAGAAGCCUGGAAGAGAACAACGCAGAGCUGGAGUGCAGGAUCCGAGAGCAAUGCGAGCCCAAUGCCCCUCUGGUCUGCCCCGAUUAUCAGCGGUACUUCGACACUAUUGAAGAGCUCCAACAAAAGAUAUUGUGCACAAAGGCAGAGAAUUCUAGACUUGCCGUUCAGGUGGACAACUGCAAACUGGCUGCCGAUGAUUUCAGGUCAAAAUAUGAGAGUGAACUGUCCCUGCGCCAGCUGGUGGAGAACGACAUCACUGGCCUUCGUGGAAUCCUGGGUGAGCUGACCCUGUGCAAGUCAGAUCUAGAGGCCCACGUGGAGUCUAUGAAAGAUGAUCUGAUUUGCCUUAAAAAAGGCCAUGAAGAGGAGGUCAACCUGCUUCGUGAGCAGCUUGGCGAUCGGCUCAGCGUGGAGCUGGACACUGCCCCCACUGUGGACCUCAACAAGGUCCUGGAUGAGAUGCGAUGUCAAUAUGAGAGGGUGCUGGCCGACAACCGCAGGGAUGCAGAGGAGUGGUUUGCUGCUCAGACAGAAGAGCUGAACCAGCAGCAAAAGUCCAGCGUGGAGCAGUUGGAGGGCUGCCAGACUGAGAUGUUGGAGUUGAAGCGCAAGGCCAACACUCUGGAAAUUGAGCUCCAGGCGCAGCAAACCCUGACGGAGUCUCUGGAGUGCACUGUGGCAGAAACCGAGGCCCAGUACAGCACGCAACUGGCCCAAAUGCAGUGCCUAAUUGACAGUGUGGAGCACCAGCUGGCUGAGAUCCGCUGUGACCUGGAGCGUCAGAACCAGGAGUAUCAGGUGCUGCUGGACACCAAGGCCCGGCUGGAGUGUGAGAUCAACACGUACAGGGGCCUGCUGGAGAAGGAGGACAGCAGACUCCCCUGCAAUCCAGGCUCCAGAGCACCCAUGCCGAACAGCACGUGUGAGCCUUGUUCAAACAGCACGUGUGAGCCGUGUUCAGCCUAUGUGAUUUGCACAGUUGAAAACUGCUGUGCAUGA